UCUCUCUCUCUUUCUCUCUGUGUUAAGUUGAAGGGAUGGUGCGGUGGGUGUUUCUGUAAAAUGAUUGUGGUCCUUGAAUAGAAAAGGAGCUAAAGGGUAGUGUUUAUAAGUCAAUAUAUAUUCAAGUGCCAGUUAAUCAAAUAAAGGUGCUGAAGAAGAAGUGCAAACAGAAAGAGAGAGAGAAAUACAUGACAAUGGCUUUAGAAGCUCUUACUUCUAAUGAGCCUUUCAACUUCAUCAUUUAUGAUACCAUCUCCGCAACCCCCUACAGCUUCCAAGACUCUUCAGGGACGACUAGCAAUUUCAUACCUCCAGACAAGUACUUCUGCACCAGCACCAGUAGCAUGAAAUCUGAUCAAGACACCCAAAUUAAGAGGGCGUUGAAUUUGGAAGCCGCAGCAGCAGGUGGUGGUGGUAAGCAGAAGCAGAGUUCUCUGGGUGUAAACAAUAAUAAUGCUCAGCAGCAGCAGCAAGGGCGGAAGAAGAGGAGGAGAAAGCCAAGGGUUUGCAAGAACAAGGAAGAAGCUGAGACUCAGAGAAUGACUCACAUUGCCGUUGAGAGAAACCGCAGAAAACAAAUGAAUGAGCAUCUUGCCAUUCUGCGCUCUCUCAUGCCUGACUCUUAUGUCCAAAGGGGUGACCAGGCGUCCAUAGUAGGAGGAGCCAUAGAACUCGUGAAGGAGCUUGAGCACCUCUUGCAUUCCGUUGAAGCACAGAAACUCCAACUUCUACACAAUGCAGAUGUCUCCACCUCCACCUCCAAAGUUGUGCAAACCCCUUUUACACAAUUACUAGAAUGCCCUCAGUACACUUGGUCUCACUGCCCCAACAAAUUCACAUCAAAAACCAAGGCAGCCAUAGCCGAUAUUGAGGUCACAUUAAUUGAGACCCAUGCAAACCUUAAGAUCAUGUCACGCAGAAUUAGCCCCAGACAGCUUUCCAAGUUGGUUGGUGGAAUUCAAUCCCUUCAGCUCACCAUCCUUCAUCUUACAGUUACCACCAUGGACCCUUAUGUUCUCUACUCCAUCAGUGUCAAGAUUGAAGAAGGGUGCUUACUGAGUUCGGUGGAUGACAUAGCAACAGCAAUUCACCACAUGCUUAGAGUAAUUGAGGAAGCAGCUACCUUGUGUUAAUUAAAUUCUCUUUUUAUAUUUUCUAUUUUUCUAUUUUCCAUAUGUAGCUACAGUACCAGAAAAAGACCUUGAGUAGGAUCUUAAUGGGCUUGGGCUUUCUGAGGCUCAGCCCAUGCUGAUGGGCAUUUGAACUAGUUUAUCUGACCUGUUUGUAAGAUGUGUAGGACAGUGUUAAGAGUGAACAUGUGAGCUAUGUCAAUAAACUUUCAUGAAUGAUUUUAGGCUUGUUUAAAUUACAUCUUAUAAUACAUUAGAACUUU